AUGGCAACAAAGGUUAACAACAUUAGCAACAACAAUCCAACUACUUUGGUAGACUCAUCAACAAACCAUCUCCUUUCCUUCAUUGGACAGGAUGAUUACUCGAGAUAUACAUUUGAAUUUGGAAUCUCUGAAUAUUUCCUUCCAAAAUAUAUUAAACAUGCCAAACAACAACAACAACAACAAGUUCCAACAACAACACCAUCCAAUAACAAUAACAAUAAUAAUAAUAACAAAACAAAGACAAAGAAGAAAAAGAAUAAUAAUAAUUUAAUACAUAUUAAUUUUGGACAGAAAAAUAUAGAUCUACCUCAAUUUACAAAUUCAAUGAUAGAAAAAAAUAAUAAUAAUAAUAGUGAUAGUGAUAGUGAUAAUACCUCUAAAUAUAAAUACGAUCCAAAUAAUAAUAACAAUAAUAAUAAUAUAAUCAUUAAUAAUAAUAAUGAAACUAAAAUUGAUAUUUCCAACUUGAUUGAUGAAUUUGUUCAUAUUGACAAUAUUCAACAACAACAAGAAAAGUUGGUAGUUGUUAUUGAAGAAGAAAGUGAUAGUAAAUAUCAAGAAAGAAGAAGAAUUGAAAGAGAAUUGGAAGAAUAUAAACAAAUUACACUUGAACAAGAGGAAGAAGAGAAUGAAGAAUUUUAUCGAUGGUUGGAUUAUGCAGAAGAGUAUGAAGCAAAAAAAGUGUAUGGUAUUAAAUUAGAGAGUAAACUUAUUGGAAAUGGACGGUUACUUAGAUCAUCUCGUAAGAAUAAAAAAGAAAGAAUCCACCGUUCUCACCAGUCUGCAUGGGAUAGUACAAAGGUUGCUAUGAAGUUAUCAGUCAUUGCUUCAUACACUCCACUUCAACAACAACAAAACAAACAAGUAGCUUUGACACCCGCCUCUCGUCAAUCAACCAACAAUAGUAGCCAAUCCUACGAGACUGACCUUCGUAGAGCAAUGUCUUUGUCCACUGCAGACUAUGACCGCGAAAUGCGCACUAGAAACAGUAAUACUGGAUUGUCACAGACACAAAUCAACGAUAUCCUCAACCGAGAGAUUACACCAGAAGACUACGAAUUACUCUUGAUGUUGGAUGCAACUGUCAAGCCAAAGACCUGUCCUCUCGAUCUCGUCUACAGUCUCCCAACGAUUCGAUUCACCGCCGACUGUCAAUACCCACAAUGUGUCGUAUGUCUUGGUGAGUUUGAACUCAACGAAACCCUUACCAUCCUUCCAAAGUGUAAACAUAUCUUCCACACCAACUGUAUUUCUAAUUGGUUAGCAAAUGCCUCAAAGAAUUGUCCUGUCGAUGGUUUGCCAUGCCAUGAAUAA